UGCAUUUUUUAGCAAAUUUCGGACGUUCUGGACUGUAGGAACAUCUGAAGACAGAGAGAGACCGUGCGGGGAAAUUAAGCCGUCUUUUUUUUUUUUUUGGAGGGAUUUGCCCAGAGUGUCCUUGUAUCUUUGUCUCCUCCGGAUGAUCAGAAAUGGGGGAAUGGACUAUACUAGAGAGGCUCCUGGAGGCUGCUGUCCAGCAGCACUCUACUAUGAUAGGAAGGAUCCUACUAACAGUGGUGGUCAUCUUCCGGAUUCUAAUCGUAGCAAUAGUUGGAGAGACUGUCUAUGAUGACGAGCAGACCAUGUUUGUUUGUAACACCUUACAGCCGGGCUGCAACCAGGCAUGCUACGACAAGGCAUUCCCCAUUUCACACAUUAGAUAUUGGGUUUUUCAGAUCAUCAUGGUGUGCACGCCGAGCCUCUGCUUUAUCACAUACUCUGUACAUCAGUCGGCCAAGCAGAAGGAGCGACGGUACUCCACCGUCUACCUAACACUGGAUAAGGAUCAAGAUUCUCUGAAACGAGAUGAAAGCAAAAAGAUAAAGAACACCAUUGUCAACGGAGUACUACAGAAUACUGAGAACUCCACUAAAGAAGCCGAACCGGACUGCUUGGAGGUGAAAGAGAUCCCCAACUCGGCCAUGAGGACUACAAAGUCCAAAAUGAGGCGACAGGAAGGCAUCUCUAGAUUUUACAUCAUCCAGGUGGUGUUUAGAAAUGCGCUGGAGAUAGGCUUCCUGGUGGGUCAGUACUUCUUGUACGGGUUCAACGUCCCGUCAGUGUACGAAUGUGACCGCUACCCCUGUAUCAAAGACGUCGAGUGCUAUGUGUCUAGACCCACGGAGAAAACCGUGUUUUUGGUCUUCAUGUUCGCAGUCAGCGGGUUCUGCGUGGUGCUGAACUUGGCCGAACUCAAUCACCUGGGAUGGAGGAAAAUCAAGACGGCAGUGCGAGGCGUGCAAGCCCGACGGAAGUCCAUUUAUGAAAUCAGAAAUAAAGACCUGCCGAGGAUGAGUGUGCCCAACUUUGGCCGCACGCAGUCCAGUGACUCUGCAUAUGUGUAAUAAAAACAAAAAACAAACUUCAACCCCAUGAUGGACAGCUC